ACAUAACGAGUGGUUAAGAAAGGACUUUGAGAAUUUCUCUCAAUCUCAGUCGAAAUGGAUCGCAAUUUAUUUCAAUUCCAAAACUCUAAAUUCUCACUGACAUCUCCGUACGGGUCGGCUGAAUCUUUCUCCUGGGAUGGGAUCAUCUUCAAGGAAGAGGAGCUCCCCUUCAACAAGACUGACACGGAGGAGAUGCUCCUCUUUGACAUGCUUGCGGAGGCCCCAAGAGAACGAUCGAACACCCUCUUCUCGAGGCGCACUAAGGAAGAGGAGGUGAACUCGAAGAUUGAUGACAAGGCCAAGCAGAAGUGCUACCGCGGGGUUCGCAAGCGACCCUGGGGCAAAUUCGCAGCUGAGAUAAGGGACUCGACUAGGAACGGGAUUCGGGUUUGGCUGGGGACGUUUGAUAGCGCGGAGGCAGCUGCGCUGGCCUAUGAUCAGGCUGCGUUUUCAACGCGGGGUUCAUUGGCAGUCCUCAAUUUUCCAGUGGAGCAAGUCCAAGAGUCGCUCCGUGGAUUAUCGUACGGUGAUGAUGAGGCAUCCCCUGUGGUAGCCCUAAAGAAAAGGCACUCCAUGAGGAGGAAGCCCAUGAGUAGGAAAAAAAUAGAGAGAGAUGCGAGGAUAGAGAAUGUUGUUGAAUUGGAGGUUUUAGGGGUAGAGUAUCUGGAGGAGCUUCUAGGUUCAUCUGAUGUGGUUAGUCCUUGGUGA